GAACUAAGCAAAACGGUGCGCAUUGCGUCUGGCGGGUUUCCUUCUUCCUCGCCACCGCCAAAUCCAAUAGAGCUCUCUCUCCCUCUCCAGUUUCUGUCACACGGCCACCGUAACUGUCCGACUGCUAAACGGCUCCGCUUGCCAUCUCAGCGAGCUCCGGCGACUCCCUCCUUUUCUUUUUGAGUUAAUAAGUUGCUCUCUGUGUGUGUAUAUCCUACGUGAAUCAUCAUUUGACAAAUUUGUUUUUGCAAUGGAGAAGCUGAAGUCCAUGGUUCCAGACAGGCUUAAACAGAUAGUGGCAGAUAGCAAUGCUGAUGAUCUUCACUCAACAUCUUCUUCUCUUCUUCACUUUCUCAAGAACUUGUCACAGUUUCACCAAAUGAUUAGAGAUUUGACAGAUCUGGAGGCUGCUCUUUGUGCUAAGAAUAAGGAUGCAGCUUUGGAAUUGAAGCAAAAGGCCAAUAAAUGCUAUUCCCAUGGAGAUUAUGACACGGCAUUGGCUUCCUAUUCUCAGGCAUUGCGCAUUGCUCCAACAGAUGCUAUUGACAUGGACAAAAGUCUGGUUGCAACAUUGUAUCUGAACCGAGCUUCUUUGUUUCUUAAAAUAGGACUUCUAAUGGAGUGUAUAAGAGAUUGCAAUCGGGCCUUGCAAAUUUCUCCAAGUUAUGCAAAGGCAUGGUACAGGAGGGGUAAGGCAAACGCUGCUUUAGGCAAUUACAAAGAUGCAAUUCAUGACUUGGAUGUUGCUAAGAAUAUGGAGUUGUCAUUGGGUGGAAAGAAACAAAUAGAAAGUGAAUUAAAGAUAAUUGCAGGCCAAUAUGAGGGCACAAGUGAUAGACGGGUUCAACAUAUUGAAAAUGGCUUGGGGAACUUCAGUAAGAUAUUCAACCUUUCACCAUCCAAAUGGUUUUUUAUUGUACCUUUCACUGAUGAGCCACACCAGAUAAAUUUAUUAUGUGUCUCCAUGCCAGACAAAGGAAGAGGCAUGGCUUCACCAUGCGACAUUCCUCAAGCUUCCUUGGUCCACAAAGAAGAGCCUUAUGCCCUGAUUAUAUUGAAGAGUUGCCGAGAGACACACUGUCACUACUGCUUGAAUGAAUUACCCGCAGAUACAGUUCCCUGUGUAUCAUGUUCAAUCCCAUUGUACUGUUCCCAACAUUGCCAAUUACAAGCUAGGGGAGAAACAAUCAGUUACUACAGAACAAAAAAUGGGAUUGAUGAUAGUCUGCCCAACAAUCUUAAAGAGUAUAUUGCAGAAGUCACUUCAUGUAGUGAUUCCGAUCCAUAUGUUGAGUGCUUUCCUGAACAUAAGCAUGAAUGCCUUGGUGUGCACUGGCCUGCAGUAUUGCCAUCUGAUAUAGUUUUGGCUGGUCGAAUACUAGCGAAAUCUAUAUCUCAAAGAAGAGGUUCUAUGGAGUCUAACCUUUUGGGAACUCUGAAUCUUUCUCACGGUUAUUCACAAAUUAGUCCAGAAGGCAAAUUGGAAUUGCAUAUAUACGCUAUUGUACUGUUGUUCUGUCUUCAACACUCUUUUAGCACUGAACUCCCAAUAAAUGGAAUCUCUUUAUCACAGACCAUUAUACUCGUUUCUCAAAUCAGAGUAAACGCUAUGGCAGUUAUCCGUAUGAAAUCUACUGAUGUUCAUUGCCCACCAGAUCAGUUUGGGAAGUUUUCCCAUAUUGGAGAUGCUUUAACUAGUAGUGUGGACCAGGUCCCUGUGGGUAAAGCCAUUUAUAUAGCCGGCAGUCUUUUCAAUCAUUCUUGCCAGCCAAACAUCCAUGCAUAUUUCCUUUCCCGUACUCUGUUUAUUCGAACAACAGAACAUGUAGCAGCUGGGUGUCCUCUGGAGUUGUCCUAUGGUCCUCAGGUUGGGCAGUGGGACUGUAAAGACCGCCUUAAGUUUCUGGAAGAUAAGUACUUGUUUAGAUGUCAGUGCAUUGGUUGUUCACAACUAAAUCUGUCUGACCUGGUUCUAAAUGCUUUCCAUUGUGUCAAUCCAAAUUGUGACGGUGUAGUCCUGGAUGGCUGUGUGAGUAACUCUGAAUUAAACAAACUUAAGAACUUCCCUGGAGUUCCCAAAAUGCAGGUUGAUGAGCUGAAUAAUGCCCACAUUGAUAAUGUAGAUCACCUUGUACUUGAGCUAAGCAAUAACUCUUUUAAUAUUCAACCUGGGUAUUGCUUAAAUUGUGGUUCUAAUUGUGAUCUAGAAGCUUCACAUAAAGCCAUGAGAAAUGCUUGGAUUUGUAUGGAAAGAUUGCAGGAUGCAAUAGUUUCAAAAGAAAUCUCAACUACUAUUCUUUCGGAUGCUUCAAAAGGUCUUGGUGUAUUGAGGUCAAUAUUGCAUAGAUAUAAUAGGCGUAUUGCAGAGGCUGAAGACAAUCUUGCACAAGCAUUUUGUCUAGUAGGAGACUUUCAAUCUGCAAGGGACCAUUGUAAAGAAUCAAUCAAGAUACUUGAGAUGCUAUACGGCAAUGAUCACAUUGCAAUUGGAUAUGAAUUGGUUAAACUUUCAACCAUUCAGCUGUCCUUGGGCGAUCCUCAUGCUGCAGACGCCAUAAAUCGGCUAGGUUUAAUAUUUGUGAGGUAUCACGGAUCACACUCAAACGUUGUUUUCCCAUAUCUGCAAACUCUGAAAAGAGAAGCCAGCAAUUUAACUCAAUAGAAGGCUGACCCCUGUUGUUAUAUGUCCCAUAUCUGCAAAUGCUGAAGUAAAGCUUGUGAUUGUCAAAGUUUGUUAUGUUAUUAAAUGGUUAGCCGAACCGGUUUUGGCGUCUACAAUCAGUGCUCAGUUUCUUCAUGAUCUUAAAAGAGUUUGGCCUCUGUCCCUCUAGCUCUGCCUUAAAGAUAUUUAAAUUAGCACUUUUGUCUGCAAAUUUAUUUAGGCCUUCUUGUCUGGAUAUAUAUAUAUAUAUAUGUCAUGUUGAAUUAUUGAAUUCAAAUGAUUGUGAGCUACUAAACUGGUGUUAUAGGUCAUACCAUGUAUACAAAAAUGUUUUGCUCAGUUUGUAACAAGUUUGAAUUGGAAUUGACUUAGUCAAACUUGGGAGAGCUCGAGAUCGGUGACUAA